AGGAAACAUAUAAAAAGACCCGCCGGCAAAUGUGUGAUUCAAUGCGCACACUGACAUUUAGCACUUUGUUUCAAUUUGUUCGGCAUCCACCUCUUUUAUCCAAGAUGAGAAUUAGUGUACCCAUAAUCCUCUUUGUUGCAGCGACAGGUUUCCACAGUGUGAUUUCAGCAUCUCUGCAAUGUGACGAAAGGACUAAAUUGCCAGAAGAGAGAGCGUUUGAAGAGAACAGCACGACUCCACAAACAGAUGAGUCGGAGUAUGAGGCUGCUCAUGUGAAAGAUGGAGAGACAAAGGCAGUGACAGACACUACAGAGCAAAACUUGCUUGAGAAGGAAGAUAGUCAUGAUGGUGAGAGAGAGGCGCUGACAGAUGCUACAGGCGCGAACACCGGAAGUGACGCGCCCAUAGAUUCAGACUCUGGGGACGACACCUCUCAACAGAACACAGAACACAGUGAGCAUGUGGAAGAGAAUGUGAAAAGUUCUGAGGAUUUCAGUGAUGAAGAAUACGAUGUAUAUUACGAUUAAGACAGUGUGAAGCAGCUGUGUGUAAUCCAUCUAACAUCUUUAAAACUAAAUGCAUUGUUUUAUAAAGCAUGUUGCUGAACAUUCUAACCAACCGUGUGUACCACCUGGA